ACUUUUUUAUUUUUGGUCCCUGCAUGUGGCUCCUAGGAUGCCAAAAAAUCUGUGCUAGAGAUUCGCUGAGAGCCCUGGCUAUUUUUGUUAGAAGCUGAUACUUUAGCCUGAGCUGUGAGCAUUGCCUUGGGAGAGGGGUUAGUUUCUUGGGAGGUGGGGAGGGCAGAGCUUUAUAGAGAAGACACUUCAAAAGAAGCAGAAAAGAAGGAGAAAAAGAUACCCCCCCAAGAAAGUAAGAACGGUAAAGGACCUCCCACCUUUUAAUUUGGCAUCUCUGGCAAGAGUCAGCGCCGAGCCUGACAUCUCCUCUCAGCUGCCAAUAGAACUUGACCUUUUCACCAGAGUGUUUCUUAUUGUCACCAUUAUGACUGAGAUUACUGCAGAAGGACCUGUAUCCACCACUACAGUGAUAGACAGCAAGAAUGGAACUGUCCCCAUGCCACAUGUGAAAAUGUCCAAGAAAGUUUCAGAAGACUUUGUGACAACAUUCAGCUCACCAGCGGCAUGGCUACUUGUUGUUGCACUGAUUGUUACCUGGUCAGCUGUGGCUAUUGUCAUGUUUGAUUUGGUGGAUUACAAAACACUGGCAGGAAUACACCAGCUUGAUAUUGACAAAGAUGUGGGGAAAGCAGAGAUCCUUAGAGGACGUUCUGUGAAUAAACUUACUACUGACCCACUGAGAAUCAUACAUGGCGCUGUGGAAGAGACCACUGAUUGGGUUUAUGGCUAUCUUUCAUUGCUAUCGGACCUCAUAUUUGAAGAUGAAGAUGAAAGUGAAAAAGGUGAAGUGGAACCUUCCUUGAAAAUAAAAGAAGUAACACAACCACCAGUCAAAAAGAAAGAGAUCCAGAUAGACAAGACUGAAAAACCUGAGGAAGUUGAAAAAAGGCCUCCACUAAAAGAAAUUCACAAAGAAAAACUCGAGAAACCUGGAAAACGGGAGAAACCUGAGAAACCUGAAAAACGGGAGAAACCUGAGAAACCUGAAAAACGGGAGAAACCUGAAAAACGGGAGAAACCUGAAAAACGGGAGAAACCUGAGAAACCUGAGAAACCUGAAAAAUGGGAGAAACCUGAGAAACGAGAGAAACCUGAGAAACCUGAAAAACGGGAGAAACCUGAGAAACCUGAAAAAUGGGAGAAACCUGAGAAACGAGAGAAACCUGAGAAACCUGAAAAACGGGAAAAAACCAAAAAACCUGAAAGAUGGGAGAAACCUGAAAAACGGGGAAAAACUGAGAAACCUGAAAAAAGGGAAAAACCUGAGAAACCUGAAAAAAGGGAGAAACUCAAGAAAAUAGAAAAACCUGGAAAAAAGGAAAUACCUAAAGUGCACAAAGAAAAGCUGGAAAAGCAUGAAAAACCUGAGAAAAGAGAAAAGCCUGAAAAGAGAGGGAAACCUGAACAACCUGAAAAACUGGAAAAGAAAGAAAAAGUCAUAGUACCUCCCAAGGACAAGCCUGCAAAGCAAGAAAAGCCUAAAAAGAAACCACCUCCUUCACCAAAAGUAACAGAAAAGGUGAAACCUGAACAACAAGAAAAAAUUGAAAAGAAGCUUCCUCCAAAAGACAAGAAGAGCGUGGAAGUCGAAGAGAAAGAGAAAAAGGAUUUGAAAGAAAGGAAGCCAGAACCCAAGGCUUCUGAAAGAGUGAAACAUAAGGAAGCUAAAGUAGAGAAAAUGACAGCACCACCAAAAGCCAAAGCAAAGGAGGAGACAGCACUGAUGCUUCAAGAAAAGUCAGAAAAGAAAGAUCAAUAUGCAUUCUGUCGCUAUAUGAUUGACAUGUUUUCACACGGGGAUUUUUAUACAGGACCAGCUCCUCACCUAUUCGUACCACAGGCUCCAGGAAUUACACCUGCCAUGCCUGCUGCUGAAGUGGGAAAGCCUAAUGUGACAACGACAAAAGCAAUAAAGGAAGAAAAGGGAAAAAAGGUAAUUCAAGAAAAGAAAGCUAUUCCUGAAGUUAAAAAGAAAGAAGUGGAAAAGGAAAAGAAGGUAAUCCAUGAGAAGAAAAUUAUUCCUGCCACUGAAAAGAAAGAUGAAGAAAAGAAGGUACUUCAUGAGAAAAAAAUUACUUCUGAAAUUAAAAAGAAAGAAGCUGAAGAAGAAAAGAAGGUAAUCAAUGAGAAGAAACUUAUUCUGGAAGAAGAAAAGAAGGUCAUCCAUGAGAAGAAAUUUAUUCUUGAAGAAGAAAAGAAGGUAAUCCGUGAAAAGAAACUUAUUCUUGAAGAAGAAAGGAAGGUAAUCCAUGAGAAGAAACUUAUUCCUGAAAUUAAAAAGAAAGAAGUGGAAGAGAAAAAGAAGGUAAUCCAUGAGAAGGAAAUUAUUCCUGGAAUUAAAAAGAAAGAAGUGGAAGAAGAAAAGAAGUUAACCCAUGAGAAGAAAAUUAUUCCUGAAAUUAUAAAGAAAGUGGAAGAGAAGAAGGCAGCCCAUGAGAAAAAAAAUAUUCCUGAAACUAAAAAGAAAGGUAGGCUGUUCGUAACGUUUUGCUAG